UACUCACCACUCAUUAAGAAGAAAGGAUACAAAAGGGGGCGAAAAAGCGAAAGGGAGCACCAAUCCGAAACGAAGUCGCUGUCUCCUUCCCUCUGUUGAUAAUGGCGUUUGGGUCUCUUCCUCCCCCUUCUCUCUAAUUUCCACGAGGUGGAGCCAGCUUCGGAGGUUCGGAUUCGCUUCAGAUUGAGCUAACGAGCGAAUAUUAGCUUCAGGUUGAGAAAGCCUUCGUGAUUCUGUUUUGUUUGUUUGGAUUUUACUUUUUGAGAUAAAUAUUCCUCAACCUAGCACAACCAUUUGUAUCAAAGAUGAGUAAUUACAAGCUAGGGGUGGAGGUUACAAGUGCGCACGACCUAAUGCCCAAGGAUGGGCAAGGUUCUGCUAAUCCCUGUGUGGAACUACACUUUGAAGGCCAGAAAUUUCGCACCACCAUCAAGGAAAAGGACCUCAACCCGGUCUGGAAUGAGUGUUUCUAUUUCAAUGUUGCAGACCCCGAGAACCUCCCCAACCUUGCUCUCGAAGCCUAUAUCUACAAUGUAAGCAAAACCAUGCACUCUAAGUCCUUCCUAGGCAAAGUCCGGAUUGCAGGCACCUCUUUUGUUCCCUUCUCCGAUGCUGUUGUAAUGCAUUACCCGCUGGAGAAACGUGGGAUCUUCUCCCGUGUAAAAGGAGAGUUGGGGCUAAAAGUAUUCCUUACUGAUGAUCCCUCGAUCAGACCUUCGGAUCCUCUUCCAUCUUUUGAUCCUGUAGUUAAUAAUCCUCCUCAAGUACCAAAUCCAAUAUUCGAUCCCCCGAAAGAACGGAUGUCUGAAAAGAGGCAUAUGUUCCACACUGUCCCAAAAGAAGUCCAUCACCAUUCUACGGCUCCAAUUAGUGAGCAGUCAGUGAAGUACGCGACUGAUCAGAUGAAACCUGAGCCGCCCAAAAUUGUUAGGAUGUACUCGGCUGCAUCACAGCAACCGGUUGAUUAUGCGCUCAAAGAGACCAGUCCAUUUUUGGGGGGUGGGCGGGUUGUUGCCGGCCGGGUCAUACGUGCAGAUAAGCCUGCAAGCACAUAUGACCUUGUUGAACAGAUGCAGUAUUUAUUUGUUCGUGUGGUCAAAGCGCGGGAUUUGCCAGCCAUGGACGCAUCUGGGAGCCUUGAUCCUUUUGUGGAAGUGAGAGUUGGUAACUACAAGGGAAUAACUAAGCACUUUGAGAAAAAGCAGAAUCCAGAAUGGAACGAAGUCUUUGCUUUCUCGCGAGACCGGAUGCAGUCCUCAGUCCUUGAAGUCGUGGUCAAAGACAAAGAUCUGGUGAAGGACGAUUUUGUUGGGCUAGUGCGGUUUGAUUUAAAUGAUAUCCCAACCCGGGUCCCUCCUGAUAGCCCGUUGGCACCAGAGUGGUACAAACUUGAAGGCAAGAGGGGAGAUAAAACGAAGGGUGAGUUGAUGCUUGCUGUUUGGAUGGGCACGCAAGCUGAUGAGGCUUUUUCUGAUGCAUGGCAUUCGGAUGCUGCGGCACCAAUUGAUUCCGCAGUCAUAAACGCUCAUAUCAGGUCGAAGGUCUACCACGCGCCGAGACUGUGGUACCUUCGGCUCAACAUCAUUGAGGCCCAAGAUAUUAUUAUACCAGAUAAGACUCGUUUUCCUGAUGUGUAUGUUAAGGUCCAAUUAGGAAAUCAGUUUUUGAGGACAAAGGCAGUUCAGGCCCGAACAUUUAAUCCGCUCUGGAAUGAAGACCAUAUGCUUGUGGCUGCUGAACCAUUUGAGGAUCCCCUCAUUCUUUCUGUCGAAGAUCGUGUCGGUCCUAAUAAAGACGAGACAAUUGGGCGUGUUAUUAUACCGCUGCAAUCUAUUGAGAAGCGGGUCGAUGACCGUGUUCUCUAUGGCCGGUGGUUUAACCUUGAGAAGCCAUUUAUAGUUGAUGUGGAUCAGUUGAAGAAGGACAAAUUUUCGAGUCGAAUUCAUCUUCGUGUUUGUUUGGAAGGAGGAUAUCAUGUUCUUGACGAGUCAACUCACUACAGCAGUGACCUUCGACCUACAGCUAAGCAGCUUUGGAAACCAUCAAUAGGUCUGCUUGAGCUCGGUGUACUUAGUGCGGACGGCCUUCAUCCUAUGAAAACACGAGAUGGAAAGGGAACUUCAGAUACGUACUGUGUGGCCAAGUACGGCCAGAAGUGGGUUCGAACCCGAACGAUCAUCAACAGCCUGAGCCCUAAGUACAACGAGCAGUAUACUUGGGAAGUCUAUGACCCAUCUACCGUCCUCACUGUCGGAGUUUUCGACAAUUGCCAACUUGGCGAAAAGGGCGGAAACAGUAACGGUAACAAAGAUGUCAAGAUAGGCAAGGUCCGCAUCCGCCUCUCCACUCUCGAAACCGGGCGGGUGUACACACACUCUUACCCACUUCUGGUCCUGCACCCUUCGGGGGUUAAGAAGAUGGGCGAGCUCCACCUUGCCAUACGCUUCUCGUCCACAUCAUUGAUCAACAUGCUAUACAUUUACUCGCGUCCUCCGCUGCCAAAGAUGCAUUACACCCGCCCAUUAACCGUGAUGCAGCUUGAGAUGCUGCGCCACCAAGCUGUUCAGAUCGUCGCUGCCCGUCUGAGCCGUAUGGAGCCGCCCUUAAGAAAGGAAGUGGUGGAGUACAUGUCUGACGUCGACUCUCACCUUUGGAGCAUGCGGAAGAGCAAAGCGAACUUCUUUAGGCUGAUGUCCGUCUUCUCAGGCCUGUUUGCUGCAAGCAAAUGGUUUGGGGACGUAUGCGCGUGGAAGAACCCUAUCACGACUGUACUGGUCCACGUCCUCUUCAUAAUGCUCGUUUGCUUUCCCGAGCUGAUACUCCCUACAAUAUUCCUUUACAUGUUCCUGAUCGGGCUGUGGAACUACCGGUACCGCCCGCGCUAUCCUCCCCACAUGAACACGAAAAUAUCGCACGCUGAGGCCGUACACCCCGACGAGCUGGACGAGGAGUUCGACACGUUUCCGACGAGCCGCAGCGCGGAGUUGGUUAGAAUGAGGUACGACAGGCUGAGGAGCGUGGCAGGAAGGAUACAGACAGUGGUGGGCGACAUGGCGACGCAGGGGGAGAGGAUCCAGGCGCUGCUGAGCUGGCGGGACCCGCGGGCCACUGCGAUUUUCGUGCUUUUCUGCCUGAUCGCCGCAAUCGUGCUGUACGUGUCGCCGUUCCAGGUCUUGGCCGCACUGGUGGGGUUCUACAUCAUGAGGCACCCGAGGUUCCGCCACAGGCUGCCCUCGGCGCCGGUGAACUUCUUCCGGCGACUGCCUGCGCGGACUGAUAGCAUGCUGUAAAUAAGCAACCGAUGGAUGGUUUCCAUCAUCGAACUUGUCCCUGUAUGUCUGCUUUAUUGUUCUUAAAACUGCUUUCGUAAUGUAAGCCGUGUGUUAUUUGGAUCUAAUGGUUGUAUAAUUUGUUAGUAUCAGUGGUAAGAGACAUCGUAGUAGUAAAAUGAACAUUUUGGAAUCAGGACAAUUAUUAUGCAUUUUGCUGUUCAAUUCUGAAUGCAUGAUUGGUUCAGUAAGGUAAA